UGGUGGCAGUGCAGCUACCUUCACGGGGUUUCGAUUUGUCAAUUUUUGUAACUCAAAAUAGGCAACAAUAAAUUUCUUUUUAUUUUCGCCACCCUAAAGUAAAUUUAAAGUUUCUCGUUAUUGUUAAAACUUGUAAAUAUAGUGUAAAUUUUUGUUAUGAUAUAGAACCACGAGGUGAGUCAAACCCAACUCAUAAAUAAUACAUCAUUAAUUAUGGUGCAGCUUUACAAACAAAAGAGUGCUAACGUUUUUCCUGUGGAGUGCUGAGGAGAUGUCGAAUAAAAAUUCCGUCAAUAACACAGCAGGGCUCAAACAGAUCGACCUGGAUCAGAUUUGGGGGGACCUACACGCUGGGAUCGAGCAUGCCUACAGCCAGCAACACAUGCCCAAGUACCUCUACAUACAGCUCUAUACCCACGUUUAUGACUACUGCACGUCGGUGCAUCAGCAGGCCAAUGGCCGGGGCUCCUCCAGCAUCUCCACCAAGAACAAGAAGAGCCAAGUCGGGGGCGGCGCCCAGCUCGUGGGGCUCGAGCUCUACAAGAGGAUCAGGGAGUUCCUCAGGAACUAUCUGGUGACUUUGCUGAGUGACGGAAUGAAUCGGAUGGGUGAAGGCGUUUUGAAAUUUUAUACACGUCAAUGGGAGGAGUAUCAAUUCAGUAGCAAGGUUCUUAAUGGUAUUUGUUCGUAUUUGAAUCGACAUUGGGUGAAGAGAGAAUGCGAAGAAGGAAGGAAAGGAAUUUAUGAAAUCUAUCAACUUGCUUUGGUGACAUGGCGAGAUCAUUUAUUCAAACAAUUAAAUAAACAGGUAACCACGGCCGUUUUGAAACUGAUCGAACGCGAACGAAACGGCGAAACAAUCAACACUCGUUUAGUCUCCGGCGUGAUAAACUGUUACGUUGAAUUGGGCUUGAACGAGGAAGAACCAGGGGCCAAAGGACCGAAUCUAUCGGUCUAUAAAGAAAGUUUCGAAAACAUGUUUCUCGAAGACACUGAACGCUUCUAUUUGAAAGAAAGCAACAAUUUCCUAGCACAAAAUCCGGUCACUGAGUAUAUGAAAAAGGCCGAACAACGUCUUCUCGAAGAACAAAAACGAGUGCAAGUCUAUUUACAUGAAACAACAAGCGGCCGUUUAGCGAAAACUUGCGAACGUGUCCUUAUUAAAAAACACCUCGACAUGUUUCAUUCGGAGUUUCAACAGUUGUUGGAUGCGGACAAGGACGAGGAUUUGGGGAGGAUGUACUCGUUGGUGGCGCGGAUUCCCGACGGUCUCGGGGAGUUGAGGACGCUUCUGGAGCAACAUAUAGCCGCUCAAGGGCUCUCAGCUAUAGAAAAAUGCGGGGAAAGUGCACAUAACGACCCGAAAGUUUAUGUUAAUACCAUUUUGGAGGUACAUAAGAAGUACAAUGCUCUCGUGUUGGUCGCGUUUAAUAACGAUAGCGGUUUCGUGGCGGCUUUGGAUAAGGCCUGCGGUCGUUUUAUAAACGCUAAUGCUGUUACGAAAAAAGCCAACUCUAGUAGUAAAUCGCCGGAAUUACUAGCGAAAUACUGUGAUUUGUUGUUGAAGAAAUCGAGCAAGAAUCCUGAAGAGGCGGAACUCGAAGAUACGUUAAACCAAGUCAUGGUUGUGUUCAAAUAUAUCGAAGAUAAGGAUGUUUUUCAAAAAUUCUACAGUAAGAUGUUGGCUAAGAGAUUGGUUCAACAUAUGUCUGCGAGUGAUGAUGCUGAAGCUUCAAUGAUCUCAAAACUGAAACAGGCGUGCGGGUUUGAGUACACUUCUAAGUUGCAAAGGAUGUUCCAGGACAUUGGGGUGUCCAAAGAUCUGAACGAGCAAUUCAAAAGUCAUCUGUUAAACUCAAACGAAACCCUAGACAUAGAUUUUAGUAUUCAAGUGUUAUCUUCCGGAUCAUGGCCUUUCCAACAAUCUUUCACUUUUGGAUUACCGACUGAGCUUGAAAGAAGUGUUCAUAGAUUUACAAAUUUCUAUUCCGGUCAACAUUCGGGCCGGAAAUUAAAUUGGCUGUAUAACAUGUCGAAAGGCGAGUUACACACGAACUGUUUCAAAAAUAGAUACACACUCCAAGCUAGUACGUUUCAAAUGGCUGUGCUGCUCCAAUUCAACGUGGCUGAAAAUUGGACAAUAGCUCAACUCGAGGAGAAUACCCAAAUCAAAACAGAUUUCCUAAUACAGGUCAUACAGAUAUUACUUAAAGCGAAACUAAUCACUUGCGAUGACGACGAGAACGAGCUCACGCCCCACUCGAUUGUGAAUCUUUUUCUAGGAUAUAAAAAUAAAAAACUUCGAGUAAAUAUCAAUAUUCCAAUGAAGACCGAGCUGAAGAUGGAGCAAGAAACGACUCAUAAACAUAUUGAAGAAGACAGGAAAUUGCUGAUUCAAGCAGCGAUUGUGAGAAUCAUGAAAAUGAGGAAAAUUCUGAAACAUCAACAAUUGGUGGCUGAAGUUUUGAAUCAGUUGUCGUCGAGGUUUAAGCCUCGAGUUCACAUCAUCAAGAAAUGCAUAGACAUCUUGAUUGAGAAGGAGUAUCUGGAGAGGACUGAAGGCCAGAAAGACACCUACAGUUACUUGGCAUGAUUCAGCAAACGCAACUGUCAUCCAAUGUCUGUCUUUGAUUAACUACCAGCGUGAGUCAACGAGUGGAUUGUAUAUUGUAAAUAUUCGAAAAAUAAAUUGUACUUUAAGUGAUAUGCUAUACUAAAAUACACAAUUGUAUUUAUGUUUUGGUUGAAAUUGUCCUAGAACUGUCAUCUACAAGCGAUAUUCCUUUGAAAUUCUGUUUUAUUUCUGCUUUUACUUUAUUAAUUGUAUAGAAUCUGUUUAUUUGUAUUACUAUGUGAAAAGAAUACGAAUGUAAUUUAAUUCACCGAUUUUAAAUAAAUUGUUUUGACAA